AUGCCUAGUGGCGAAGUUUCUCAAAGUCUGUUUCAAGAGGAAAAAGAAGUGAUAACCAAAUUUCGUGCUCUUAGUUCUCUUAAAGAGAGCUAUAUAAAACAAAAGUCGAGACAGAAUUGGUUGUCUCUUGGAGACAGCAACACCUCAUUCUUUUAUAGAAAGUGCCCUACAAGAAACUUGAGAAAUCAGGUUUAUAAAAUCAAGACAAGUGAUGGGGUGAUUGUUCAAGGGCAACAACUAGUUCAUGAUGAAGCCAUCCGAUUUUAUAGAGAUCUUAUUGGAACUAGAAAGGAAAGCACAAGUUAUAAUCACUUUCUUCAUCAUAUUUUGACCAAGAAAGUCACCAUGGAGGAAAGUCGUCGGAUGAUUGAAGUAGUAAGUAAGGAGGAAAUUAAACAGGCUUUGUUCAGUAUGAGUGGAGAUAAGAGUUCAGGACCCGAUGGAUUCAAUGUGAGGUUUUUUAAGGAAAAUUGGGGUGUGAUCGGGCAUGAGGUUAGCGAAGGCGUUCUUGAAUUCUUUCAGGAUAGGAGGAUUCUUAAGCAAUGGAAUGUUACGGUUCUCAAUUUGAUCCCAAAGUGCCUUGUACACGAAGGAAUUCAUGACUUUAGACCUAUUUCGUGUUGGCUUUUAAAGAGCUACGGUAGGAAAUACAUCUCUCCUCGGGUAGCUUUUAAAGUUGAUAUUCAGAAAUGUAUCUCAACUUCUCAUUUCAUUGUAAGCGUUAACGGAGUUCAUGAUGGGUAUUUCAAGGGUGAAAGCGGAGUAAGAAAAUGA